AUGGCUUCCCGAUUGUUGACCACGACAUUGUUGCGUGUUGCUCGUCAGCAACCCAUGGCUACAUUGAAGCCUGCAUUCCACACCACCACUCGUCGUGCCUUGGCCAUGAGCGCACCUCGCAUGCAAGCCAGCCCCAAGGCCGACCCCAGCUACAAGUCAGGCAACGACGCACUGCACGAAUAUGGUCAAUACCUUAUCUCUGCCAUGCCCAAGUAUAUCCAACAAUUCAGCGUGUACAAGGACGAAUUGACAGUCUAUGUGGCACCUUCAGCUUUGGAACCUGUCAUGCUAUUCUUGCGAGAUCAUACCAACUGCCAAUUCAAAUCAGUGCAGGAUAUCACGGGUGUCGACUAUCCUUCGCGUGAACACCGUUUCGAAGUCGUCUACAAUAUGCUCAGCAUGCGUUACAAUGCUCGUAUUCGUGUCAAGACCUACGCUAGCGAAACGUCACCUGUGCCAUCCAUGGUCCCCCACUUUAGCGUUGCCAACUGGCAAGAACGUGAAGUCUAUGACAUGUUUGGCGUCUUUUUCGUGGGCCAUCCCGAUCUUCGUCGUAUCUUGACCGAUUAUGGUUUCGAAGGCUAUCCUUUGCGUAAAGAUUUCCCUCUCACCGGCUAUGUCGAAUUACGCUAUGAUGAAGAAAAGAAGCGUGUUGUCCAAGAACCACUUGAAUUGGCUCAGGCAUUCCGAAACUUUGAAGGUGCCUUGUCUCCUUGGGAAGCAAAUGGCCCUGGUCGUGAUGAUACUCCUGUCAAGAAUAUCGAGGAUGAAAAGAAAUAG